AACAAAUUUCAAUGUUAUGUACAAGCGGAAAAUUCAUUCCUUUCUCCGUUCCGACACGGUUGUAGCAUUUAUGGCUGAUUUUCCUCAAUUUAGGAUCCCUUCCCAUUCCCGUAGGUCGUGGUUUCCGAUGUCGAUGCUGAUAAACAAAGCCGGUGUUUUAUAUGGCUGAGAUGCUAGGUGGGACGCGACAUAGUGGAAGUGCAGUCAUAGUGGGUGUCCCCCGGCCGGUGUCUCGUUCGUUACGCCAAGGAUGUCUUCUGCUGACUCUGAACCACAGAAAGUCAGUCAGUCUAGCAGCGGCGCCCAAAGCGAGCGGAAGUAAUUUCGCGGAUCUCGGAUCCGGUGGUCGCUAAGUUCUGUUAUUUGGGAAUCUUGUUCUUGGAGAGAGCAUGUAUCAGAGUUUCUCAGAGCAACUGAGGUUUGGUAGGACUUAUCUGAGCUACCAAUAAAAACAAAUGAAAUUCAAUAUUGUACAAAUAGUUACAGAAAAAAAACAGUUCAACGGUGAAUUCCCAGAAAGGCACGCAGCCCUGGGACAACAACUCGUGACUGGUCACGUCAAGACAAAUAUCGGAAGUGUGAUUAAAAGAAUAAAGUGUAAAUCAAAUAAAAUUAAAAACAAACAAACCACAGCACGAUUACUGUGCGGAAAAACGAGAUCAUCGUCAGGAAUCCGCCGUUGGUGAAAUUUACGGCUAAGGGGAAAAGUGCAUUUCGCGCGCGCUCGUUGUGAUACUUUUCCGCUUCAACUGUCCGGUGUGCGUGUGAAAAGAUGUUUUGUCGGCGGGAGAAAAUAAAUCACGCCGCUACGGUUUGCCGCGCACUUUGAAUCGGGAUACGAUGCAGUUUGGUCAACAGCAAGUCAUGAUUCGUGGCUCGGAAGUGCAUCGGUUUGUUUAAAAACAAAUUUUAAUUGCCCCCUCCCAACCGAUGAGUGAAGUUGACCAGAAGCUGAACAGUGCAGUGGUUGGUGAAUGAUUAAUUGUACUUAAAACUGUCAUUGGAUGAUCGUUUCGAAAACGAGAAUACUGUUCAUCCCUUCAAGCAACAGCAUUCUUACAGAGAUGCCGCCGCUACCGCAAACAACGAGACGACGAUAGAGUCGGGCUACUUUGGAAUCAAGUGGGUAAAGCUGUUCCACGAAUCGUUCAACGGCUUACACACAUCAGGCAAGACCAUUACUCAACAGGACCUCGUGGGUGCCCUCGUUCUUUGCCAGAAGACUUCGCUUCCAGGACCGACUGACGAUGCGUAAAAUCACGUGAAACCGCAACGUGUUUGGAAUCUCAAUGGGGAAGAAGAAUUUAAGGUGUUUUACAAAGUGAUUUCUUGUGGUGAAAAAUAAGGCGGAUUUCUGUUUGUGGCUCGUGAUUUGGGGGCUUGAGUAAUGAGGGCGGUUUCACGAAUAUGUCAGCAGUCGAGAUUUAGCGGGACAGCUUGAAGAAUUUUAAAGACUAUUCGCAUGAGUGACUUCUGAGGAAGAUAAACAUUUUCGCAAAAGUUGAAUUGUACGACCGUGCGCCAGGAUCGGAAACGGAAAAUGGCCAUCCUUCAUUCAUGUUGCCUUUAUAGGACGGUUAGGAAAGGGAGCUAUGCCAGUGUCAUCUAUACAUUUUUCUAUUUCGGAAUUUCCUGCAUAACUCUGUCGAUAUUUGUGCACGACGAACGCAAAUUUCUGAAAGGGGAGGUGGACAAGCCUAGCGGCGAAAGUUUUCUGGAGAAAGAAAGCAUAUCAACAGUGACUGUGAUAUUCAACAUGAUGCUGCUCGGCUGUGCCAGCCUUGGAGUGGUUUCAUCGGUGCUAGUAAUAAUCGGACUGAGGAUGGAUAAACGGACUUUACUGCUGCCAUGGAUCGUUGUGAUGAUUGCCGACUUGCUGGUAGAGUGCGCCCAUUUCAUCUAUCUCAUUGUGAUACAGACGUUGCAGUUCGAACCAGUAACGGCGAUGCUGUUCACAAUUGAUUUCUUCAUUAUGUGUCUUAAUAUUUAUUGCCUGCUAUGUGUGAUAUCGCAAUACCAGGAGUACAAAGCCGGUCGGGGAGCUGCGGAGGAAGAUUCCUACACCAGCACCGUGCACAUCCAGUACAGUCCACCGGUAGCCACUUGUCUACCCCCCGGGAAAUCAAUACUUAGCCCGAUGAUGUGUCCCCACACCAACUGCACGCUGAUACCGGAAGAAACCCAAAUCAACGGAGCGCUGCUAGGAAGUACACCAAUUAAGUCUCCUCCGGCGUUCAGCAGACAGAACUCGCUGUUGCUGAAAAAGCACGUCAAAUUCAAUCCUACCGAGAAGGCGAAAGUCUGCUGUAGUGGCGUCAUACAUCCGGAAAAUGUGCUAACCAAGGAGGGCACCAAACCUAACGGGCACAUAAUGCAAAUAGAAGCGCUUCCUGAGUACAACGAGGAAAUCCUUUCGUGGAAGGAACAAAAAAUGGCUGCAAAGCAUUUUAAUCCACCGGAAAAGUAGGAUAAAUGGAUUUCCCACCCACAGUUGACCGAAACCUUACGGUGCUGCUAUACAGUAACGGGACGCCUGCGGCAUUCUUCCGAGAAAAGAAUUAAAAAUCACUAUUUAUAACGCGUUACAAUGAUUGCUUCAUCAUCGUGUCAUUUUCUCGCAUCAUUUAGCCGUAUUUAUCUACCACAUCAGUUUCAUUUCCGGAGAAGGAAGUUUCAUCGCAUCGCAUCGCAUAUCGUUUGUCAACGUUUUUCGUGUGUUGUUACGUGUGUCUAAUCCUCCGAAGAACGUUGUACCGUAAAACGGGGUAGCUUUGAUAGUUUUUUCGAAGAAAACUUGAAUAUUUAUGCAUGCUGUUUCAAAGAAAUA